ACCGUUGCACAUCCCUCAGCAUGUAAUAAUAAUAAUAAUAAUAAUAAUAAUGUUUAUUGGAGUAUUAUGUUCAGAAAAGCAUCCUUAGGGAGACCGGGGCUGGUAGCCGCACGGGUUGGUAGCCGCACUGGCUUUUUCCCCAAAACUAUAAAUAUGGCGACAAUGCCGCGUAUCGUGUUUUAAAGCUUAAGUCGCGCCCGAACUUUGUGGAAGGUUUCAGUCUGAUCAGUGCAAUAGAAGUGAGUGCACGCCGUCAAGUGUUAUUUUGAUGCUCGUAAGUGAAUUUAUUUUUUCUAUUGUUUUUAUUAUAACUUUUGAUGUAAAAGUAAGAAUAUAAAACCAAGUAGACCGUCCGAAUUCUACGGAAAUCUAUUUUUUAGUAACAUAUUUUUAAUAACCACUUUAGUUACCAGACAAAAAAUAAACGCAAAAGUAUUUUAAAAAACGCUUUGGGGUCGGUCGCCGCAUUUGUUGAGGGGCAGGUUGCCGCAUGCGGCAACCAUCCCCACUUUGGAUUUUAAAUCAUAUUGUUGCGACGCAAAAAUGUAUUUAUUUAUAUAUACGUAAUUUUAACGAUAAGCUUAGCAUGAAUAAUUUAACUUCUAACAUAAUCAUAGCGAAUGACCACCUGUAUCCGAUGUAAACUAUAGAAGUUACUCGUAUUCCACGUAAAUAGAAAAAUAACAAGGGUAAAACAAAAGUAAAUCCCCGUAUUACUGUGAUGACGAGCAACUUCCUGUUUACCGCUUUUCAUCCUUAUUAGCUAUCUCUAUCUGGAAAUCUCCCUUUCAACUUUUACGCUCAUUAUCCCUACCUUAGCUUCACAUUUGCAUCUAACUGGACCUAACCUGUAUCCACUUUUCACUUUCACGCCUACUCUCGACUUAUUCCCUUUAGCUCCACCCUUAUGACGUCCUAUCUAUACCUUAGCAUUUAAACCUUUCUUAACACUCCUACUCUUCCCUAAUCAACCAAUAGAAUAGCAUUGGAUAAUAUUAAACACAUAGCUGCAUGCGAAAAAUAUUGUAUACGUCGACAGCAUGACAGAUUCGUCUCAACUUACGAACGAGUAACACAUAACUGUUAUCUCCAACCACUUGUAACUCUUUAUCGUAUUACGCCAUAAAUUAAAAUAAAUCAAUAUAUGUAAAAAAUAAAGUCUUUGUAGAUCAAUUUGUACAAAGAAGAGUGAGUAUACAUAAUAAUAAAUAUAUAUUUCACUCCUACACUCAACACAUAUAAUUUGGAAAAACAUAUUUAAAAACGUUUUAUUAUCUUCAUAGAAUAUGAGAAACCGUAAAAGAACCACUGAAAGGGGUAAGACACCAGCACACAUUAUGCUAAGGGCUGCAAGAGAGGUCAAAUUAAAUAAUAAAUCCAUUAGAGGAGCAGGAACCGAUUACGAUAUCCCUGAAAGAACCCUGAGACGAUUUCUGCAGAAAGUCACGGAUGAAGAGCUUUAUGGCACUAAUGAACUACCUACAACAGCAGUCGGCUAUAUAAAAAAAAGACAGGUUUUCUCCGACGACCAAGAGAAACAAUUAGAGGAAUAUAUAUUAAAGGCUGCCGAUGUAUACUUUGGCUUAUCACCAAAACAGAUAAGAACUUUUGCUUAUGAAUGGGCUGUCUCACUAAAAAUUAAAUUUCCCGAUUCCUGGAAUACAAAUAAAUGCGCCGGACAAGAUUGGUUUACCUAUUUUAUUAAAAGUCUGUCUAUAUGUACGCCGGAAGCCACAAGUUUGGCACGAGCAUCAGGAUUCAAUAAGCACAGUGUAGGAAAUUUUUUUAAAAAUCUGAAAACAGUUCUGCAUAGGCUACAAAUUGGUCAUCAGGAUAUCUACAAUAUGGAUGAAACUGGAAUUACGACCGUUCAAAAACCUGACAGAAUUGUAGCAAGAAGGGGCUUUAAACAAGUAGGUCGAAUCACGUCUCAAGAAAGAGGCACAUUAGUGACUCUCGCGAUAGCUGUAAACGCCAUUGGUAAUAGCAUUCCGCCCUAUUUUAUUUUUCCACGCGUUAACUUUAGAGAGCACAUGCUCUCUGGUGCCCCACCUGGAAGCGCUGGCGCAGCUAACCAGUCUGGAUGGAUGAAAAAGGAGCAUUUUCUGCACUGGUGUCAACAUUUUGUUAAGCACACUGGUUGCUCCAAAGAAAGGCCGGUACUUCUGUUUUUAGACAACCAUGACUCCCAUUUAUCAAUUGAUUCUUUGGACUAUCUUAAAGAGAAUGGAGUGACGGUGUUGUCCUUUCCGCCACACUGCUCUCACAAGCUACAGCCGCUGGACAGAUCAGUGUAUGGGCCCUUAAAAAAAUAUGUAAAUACAGCAUGCGAUGGUUGGAUAACCAGUCAUCCAGGGUCUAGUAUGACCAUCUACGAUGACCCUAAAAUUGUGGCCGUCGCUUUGCCAAGCGCAAUAACACCAAAGAACAUAACAGCAGGGUUUAAAGUGUCACGAGUUUAUCCAUUCAAUGAAUGUGUCUUUUCUGAAGACGAAUUUCUCCCCUCUUAUGCUACUGACCGCCCACUUAUUGAGCAAGCAAAAGAUGAUGAAAUUGACAGGAAACCUAAUAAUAGCCCUAAACCUAAAAUAUCUCAGGAUACUAGUCCCCAACCAGGAACAUCUCGGGAUUAUUCUGAAAUUCUUAACGCUGAUAGCUCAAUGCCAAAAACUUCUGAGAUAAACCCACCGCUCGAAGAAAAAACUCCGGAAAAGCAAAUAAUUAAAAAUAUUAACAUAUUAGCCAAAGAAGAUACCGAGUUGAACACCCAAAAAAAAAACAGUCAGUCCAUUUGAGCUAAAGCCCCUGCCAAAAGCUCCACCAAGAAAAAAUGAGAAUAAAGGAACUCGAAAAAGGCGUCACACCGAGAUUUUGACAGAUACGCCAAUAAAAGAGGCACUCAGAGAUGAACAAACAAAAAAAGUUCCAAUAAGAAAAGAGCUUAAAAAUAACAAAGAAAACAAAAAACAAAAUAAAAAGAAGAAAAAUGUAAAUAAAAAACAAUUGGCUGAAGAAUCGAGCGAUGAAGAUGAGUGUCUAUGCGCUUACUGCCUUGAUACUUUUACAAACAGUCGUCCGGGUGAGGAAUGGAUUAGAUGUUUUUCAUGCAGUGGGUGGGCACACAAAGAAUGUGUGGGAGAAGAUAACGCUCCUUUUUAUUGUAUUAAUUGUAUGAGUGAGUAGAGAAGUGUUUGUAACUUAAAAUGUUAAUAUUUUUUAUUUUAAGUCUUUGUGACCUAAGUUCAUUAAAGAGUUAGUUACCUAAUUUUCUUAUAAGUUUAACACUUAACGAUAACUUUGACUGUUUUUUUAGUUUUACUUUUUAUUACCUGAGUUCAUUAGUUAAAUUUUCUAAUAAUUUUAGGUUUAAAAAAAUGUACCUAUUUGAUUAAAAAAAAUAAAAACAUUUUUCUUGUCAAAAUUUAAUAUUAGAAAAUAAAAAAUCACACAUUCUUUAUUUUUUUACAAUCAUUUUUGUAUGCGGCAACCUACUCCAUGUGGUGCGUCAACCAACCCCGUUAGAGGGGUAGGUUGCCGCACUCUGCUUUACUGAAGGAAAUAUUUUAUGUUGCAAAUAUAUAGGACUUUUCACGGCAACAAUGGGUUUUAAAAAAUAUUAAUUAUAGUAGCC